UGCGCGGCGCCCGCCUCGGUGCGCGCGGCCCACGGCGCGGCCUGCGCGCGAGCCUGAGGUACUUUCACAGAGCUACAAUGGAAAAGUCCUGGAUGCUGUGGAACUUUGUGGAAAGAUGGCUGAUAGCCUUGGCUUCGUGGUCUUGGGCUCUCUGCCGUAUUUCUCUUUUACCUUUGAUAGUGACUUUUCAUCUGUAUGGAGGCAUUAUCUUACUGUUGUUGAUAUUCAUAUCAAUAGCAGGUAUUCUCUAUAAGUUCCAGGACGUCUUGCUGUAUUUUCCAGAACAGCCUUCCUCUUCACGCCUUUAUGUUCCCAUGCCCACUGGAAUUCCACAUGAAAACAUUUUCAUCAGAACCAAAGAUGGAGUUCGUCUAAAUCUUAUUUUGAUAAGGUACACUGGAGACAGCUCACCCUACUCCCCAACGAUAAUUUAUUUUCAUGGGAAUGCAGGCAACAUAGGCCACAGGUUACCAAAUGCGUUGCUCAUGUUGGUUAACCUCAAAGUUAAUCUUUUGCUUGUUGAUUAUCGAGGCUAUGGAAAAAGUGAAGGAGAAGCAAGUGAGGAAGGACUCUACUUAGAUUCUGAAGCUGUGCUGGACUAUGUGAUGACGAGACCUGACCUCGAUAAGACAAAAAUUCUUCUUUUUGGCCGUUCCUUGGGUGGAGCGGUGGCUAUUCAUCUGGCUUCUGAAAACUCACAUAGGAUUUCAGCCAUCAUGGUGGAGAACACAUUUUUGAGCAUACCGCACAUGGCCAGCACUUUAUUUUCCUUCUUCCCCAUGCGCUACCUUCCUUUAUGGUGCUAUAAGAACAAAUUUUUGUCCUACAGAAAAAUCUCUCAGUGCAGAAUGCCUUCCCUUUUCAUCUCUGGACUCUCUGACCAGCUGAUCCCACCAGUAAUGAUGAAGCAACUGUAUGAACUCUCGCCAUCGCGGACUAAGAGACUGGCCAUUUUUCCAGAGGGAACGCAUAACGACACAUGGCAGUGCCAAGGCUAUUUCACAGCGCUCGAACAGUUCAUCCGAGAAGUCAUGAAGAGCCAUUCUCCUGAAGAAAUGGCAAAAACGUCAUCUAAUGUCACAAUUAUAUAAUGUGUCUCUUUGAUUAAUGCAUUGUGUUUUAAUGUGUGCAGAAUGAUGAAGAAUGUUCCCUUCCAGAAGUGCGUUACGUCUGUACCUGUCUGAAGGGUGACUUUAAACUAUGAAAGGACCUCAGUGCUCCUUUGUUAUGAUCCAAAUGGUUUUUUUACGUUUUUGGAACUAUAAUUCUUGGGAUUAUUUCAUACAUCUCCAUCAAAACUUUCAAUGUCAUUAUGUAUCCAUAUCUUUAUUAUGUCACUAUAAUAGAGAUGAUUCAAAAGUUUCUUGUUGCUAAAAUGAUAUAAUCUGUGUUAUACUUGGGUUACUGGCUAUCUGUGGAAAGAUAUAUGUAAACAAGAAACCUUUGGAUGUUAAUCCUGUAGUAAAUAUUGGACAAUCACGGUAAGCAAACUUAUUCUGUAACUGCAUUUUUCACCUUAAAAGUUAAAAUGAGAUGCAUGAUGGUAUUUUAUUCCUUGACUUAUGCAAUGCAACAUUUUUAAUGUAAAUAGCACUGAUCAUAUACGAAUGUAUAUGGUUACCUGGGUUAUAUCUAUUUUUAUGUAAAUUCUAUUUUGUUUUUGGCAAGAAGUGAAAUUGAGGCCUGUGUGCAGGUUGCCAUUGAAUUUUGCUCUGGUAAAUGCUGAGGUCCAGCUUUUUGUUACAAAUAAAUGGGACCCUGUUUUCCAAUAGAAAUGUACCGUGUUUUUGUUAGGUACAGCCUGGAUCACGGCAUGUGGAAAUAGAAAUCUAGAAUUUUACUGCAGCUUUGGUGUGCAUAUUUGAACUUUUUAACAUUUGUAAUUUUGGUGGCAAAGAGAAUUUUAGCUUCUGUCCAUUUUGUAAGUCUACAGCUGAAACACUAAUAGCAGUCAUAGUGAAGAUUAGAACUUGAUAAAGAAUUAAGUUAGGAGGUCUCACUUUACUGUACAUAGUAUUUUACAAAAAUUUUCGUAUUUGAUUCUUAAGUUCCAAUACCUAAGAUAUCUCAAACCCACCAAAAGUGAGAUAUCAAUUAUUGGACUUUUAAAAAAUAAAAGUUAAAUAAAAACACUAUGUUCUUGGUUUGAUGUUCCAGUGGUUGUAAGAUAGAAUUCCUGCAUCAAAAGAGAAUUUUAGAAGGUCAUUUAUUUACUUACAUUAAAAUAUUUUACAUGUAGGAAUAUGAAAGGAAUUCUAGAACAUUUUGAUCCAGAACCCAUUGCCAUAUUUAACUGUUAAAUUGUAGGUGAGAUGUAGUGUUUAGACAUAUGGAAGAGAAGAAAAAUGUUUAAAAGAUACUUGAGACCUACAGAAUUUAUUUUAACAAAAAUAUUAGCUAUGCGGCAUAAUAAUGCUUUUUGUCCAUACUUACUCCAGGUUGUCCUCAACAGUUAGACAUAACUGAACUGUGUACAUUACUAUGCCAGCUUUAACAUGGUGUUUUGAAUAUUUCAGCUGUUCAUUGGCUUUCUUCAGGCACCUAGAGCAGAAAAAUAAUCAUUAAUCUUGACUUUAAUUUCAAACACUUUCCACAGAAACGGGGCUGGAAGUGCUCCUGCCAAACAGCAUUACCGUUCACUUUGUGCCAGUAUUUAGAAAGAAUAAAUUAUAGCAAGUAUGUUUCUAAGGAAAAAAAAAAGUUUUCUAUAAAUUAUGAACUGUAAAAAAAGUCUUGCUUUUUAAAAAGAGUCAAUAGUGUAUAUCAUGGAAGGUGUAUUUUGUAUCUAUAAAUUCACCACAGUCAAAGGCUACUUGUCACCGUGUCAAUCUUUGCAAUGUAGAAUGACUAUCCUAAAUAGCAAUGUAUGAAGAAAAAGGUUUAUACAACAAAAUGUAGUAUAUUUAGCCAUGUACUUAACAUGGAAACCCUUGCCCUGGGGUCAUUUUUUAAAGUUUACAGAAAGCCUUGUGUUUUUGUGUAGUCCUUUAGUCUCCUACACCUGGAGGAAUGUACCAGCUUUAGUUUUAAAUGUUCCACUGGUGAAGUGUAAAGUUUUUCUUCAUAGGUGUUCUGCUUUUAUGCUGCUUUCCUCUGAUACCACAGGUUGAUAACUCGCGUCUGUUGUGUAUGUGCACUUUUUUUUAAGCCACCAGUUCAAAAGAUGUGGAGCACUUGUGGUGUGCCAUCCCCUGCCUUCAUUCUCUGAGAUUUACAGAACCUGUCUUUUUUUUUUUUCCUUUUGUACCAAGGGCAGAGGCUGUGUCUAGGAUUGUAGUCCACCCGUCUUCCCUGGCUUCUGUUGGAGACCAUCUACUUACAUAGGAAGGGGGUGGAGAGCGCACUGUCACUGCGGGGCCCUGAAGCCCGUGGCAUCAUUUUCUUGUGGCCAGGCUUCUUCGUGAGUCACCGCUUUGUUUUGGGCCUCACUCUUGGUGGGAAUGGCAGUAUGUCCAUCUUGUACGUUAAUUUCUGGCUCAUUAAUACAGGAGUGACCCUGAGUCCCUGUGUAAUAUCCAGUAUUCGGCAAUCCUAGAAUGAUCUUAAGUAUGGCAAACCAAUUCCUUUGGGGUAAAAUCCAAAAUCCAAUAUUUAAAGGGGAUUUUUGGGGGGCCUGGGGGUAACACUGUAGAACAAGAGAAGAAGCCAUUUGUGACAGGUCAAAGAAUAUUAACAGGAUUGACUCGGGGAAGUGUGGCAGUUCUCAAAUGUAAUCAAUAAUUGUGAGAUUGAUGAAAAGCAAACAUGCAAAACAGAAGCAUUUCUGAUGAAGUGUUGGGUCCCUGGUACUGUAACAACCCUCUGUUUCUGCAAGUAUAUUUUUGAGUGUAAAGUCGAUAUUUUCAUUAAAAUGCAACUCAAUUUUUUUUUUUUUUACAGGGAUGCUUGAAUUUAUUUUACUGUGAUGAGUUGUAGUAGAAAAUGGUGAUUACACAGGUGACAGCCUUGGAAUAUUGAUGAUACUGAGGUCCUUACUGUUGAGAAUCGGUGUGGUCUGAUGCUUUUAAGAAUGGGCUUGGGUGGGAAUACCUGUUGCACACUGAAGGCCAUUUCAGCCUCGCAGAAGGCACCAUGCAAGCUCAGACGGUGCCAGAGUCGUUUCCUGUCAGGUUCCUCCCUCCUUGAGGUUAGGGAGGAAUGAGACGUGGAUGAGGUCGACUUUUAAGAGGGACGUCACGAAGUCGGGUCACCAGUGAAAUACCACAGUGCUCCAUGGGUCUUUCUCUUUUUCCUGUCACAUUCGAUGCUUGUUUCCUUAAAAGAACUGUGAAAGGAAAAAUGAGUCAUAACUUACCUUUGUGGAUUAUCCACUUAAUUUUGUGUAUUUUCGUAUCACUCAGGUAAAGUUGGAAAUGACAAGAGCACAGACAUCUAUUUUUUAAAUUGAUAAGGUAGAAAAUGAAAAGCACUUCUGUUUAUUCUAAUUAUCAUAUAUGCACAUCAUCUUAGCUAAUCAGAAAUAAUAUAUUCAUUUGUUUGGAGAAUUAAAUACAGUCAUCCUAUUACUAGUCAAGAAAUUUUUGCCAAAUGGGACAAAUAUACCUCCACUUAUAUUUUGUAUAUUCAAAAUGCAGUUUAAAAUAGGAAUAUGUAUGAGACACUUUUUUACAAAAAGUGCCAGAUAUACAUAUAUAACGGGUGUGUGUGUAACAUAAUUUAUAACAAUUUCUGUCAGUGCAGCCUAUACUGAAACUCAAGUUGUCUUCAACAUAGUCAAGAACAUUCAGAAUAAAAGAAGGUAAUCCAGUUUCAUAAUGUAAGUUUAUUUUUGUUAUUUGCCAUAUUUGGUUUCAAGCAGUAAUAAAGUUUUAUAACUCAGAUUUGAAUGUCAUAGUACAUUGUAUGGUAACCACAGCAAGCAGACAUUUACAUUUGUUUUUUUACACUCAGUUUCUUUUAAAAGUAUACUUUCUAUUUUUCUGUACUGACAUAUGCAAUAAAUUGAUACAUUAAAAGUUUGAUU